CUGCCUGCUCAGCUAUUUUUCAAGAGUAGAGAUGUGUGGAUAAGUGGAGGCCUCAGCCACUCUUAAAUACCCAUCCACCAAGCUCCUGGCCAGAUGAACCCCAGGACCUAUUUUGUGACCUAGGACAGCUGGAAAGCUUUAGAAAAAAGUUCAAUCAAAUUCCAAUUAGAUUGUGACCCUGUUUUGGUGUUUCCCAAGCCUGCCAGGAUGGAAACCAAUUACCUGAAGAGGUGCUUUGGAAAUCACCUGGCCCAGGCUCUGGCAGAAGUGGCGAUGGUUCAGCCCAGUGACCCCAUAGAGUACCUGGCUCACUGGCUUUAUCAUUACAGGAAAACGGCGAAAGCAAAAGAAAAGGAUAGACAAGAGAAGAUCCAGCUGCAGAGAGAAUAUGAAAAUAGCCUCAAAGAAACCAGAAUGGCGGAAAUGCUGAAGCAAGAAGAACAUGAGAUUCAACAGCAGUGUGAAAAGUAUCAUCACCAGCUGGGGAGGAGAAACUCGGCGGUGGGCACAAACCCACAUCCCAUGCCACUUAUAUCUGUAGCAGGUUCCUUGGAGAAGACUAAAUUCAUGCAGGAGAAUAGAGAACCCCUUGAGAAGGAAGCCUUGAAGCAGGAAUCCCUGCCAGUAACUUCCGAUAUGAUUCCAGGAAUGCCUCAACAGAGCCCUUCUUCAGAGCCACCUGUCUCCAGCCAGGUUUACAUGAACACUGGAACCCCACAAGAAAUAAAUUACCAGGCUGUUUAGCAUGAAAUUGCUCUUGAAAUUCAUCCUGGCUCCGAAUCGCCUCCUUAGGUUAUAGAAGGUGGAUGAUUCUAAUGAUGCUUCUCUCAAAGCUGCUGCAAGCUGAGAAAGUGGCCAACUCAAAGAGCUCUUGCUUGAAGAUGAUUAGCUAUGUGGAUUAAACCAAGAUAUGAGAGACUGUGGAAGGAGGUGUCUACAGGGACUCUCCAACCCAAGUCUUGUCCUGAUAACCAUGAAAACCCCUUAAUUGUGUGAAGAUUUGAACUAUGUAUAGGGUAAAAUAAAUUCAUAAUAAAGAUUUAAAAUAAGUAA